UCGGGCGGGCCGGCAGGGCGCGGCGCCGUCGGCGGCGGGCCGCGGGCACCCACCAUGGAAGUGACGCCGUUCACGCACCUGGAGCCGCUGGCCUCGCUGGCCGAGCCCGAGGACCUGUCGGGCACCGAGAGCGCCGCCGAGCCGCUGCAGCCCGACACCAACCACGUGGGCACGACCAAAGCGUCGGCGGCGGCGGCGGACGAGGAGGCCGGCGCCGAGGCCGAGGAGCGCCUGCUCUUCGGCUGGGGCCGCUGCACGCCGCCGGCGCUGCAGCGGCUCGUCAGCCAGCGCACCUUCCUGGUCGUGUUCGUGGUGACGUGCGUGCUGCAGGGCAUGUACUACACGUACGUGGUAAGCGUCAUCACCACCAUCGAGAAGCUGUUCCAGUUCCAGUCGAAGACGACCGGCAUCGUGUUCAGCGCCACCGAGAUCGGUCAGAUCAGCGGUGCGCUGCUGCUCACCUACUACGGCGGCCAGGGACACCGGCCGCGCUGGAUCGGCUGCGGCAUCACCCUCUUCGCCUUCUGCACGUUCAUGUGCUCGCUGCCGCACUUCAUGUACAGCGAGCGGCUGUCGACGCUCGACCUCAUCCAGGUGGACGUGGGCGACGAGGAGCGGCGCACGCUCUGCCGACAGCUGCCGGUCGUCGCGGCCGGCAACGUGUCUGAGCGCGUGCUGUUCCCGGGCGAGCUGAACGGCACGGUGUGGCGCGUAACGGACGCCGGCGCCGUCGAGACGGAGCCGCCCAGCGAGGGGAUGCGCUGCGAGGACGACGUCCAGCUGACCACCCACGCCGAGAUCAGGCCAGUGGUGCUGGCCAUCUUCUUCGUCUGCCUGAUCGGCGUCGGCGUCGGCCAGACGAUGGCCUUCAACUUGGGCAUCCCCUACAUGGACGACAACGUCAGCAGCAAGGAGUCACCCAUGUACUUCGCGUUCAUCAUCGGCAUGCGCAUCUUCGGGCCGGUGUUCGGGUUCGUGCUGGGCUCGCUGUGCACGUCCAUCUACGUGUACCCGACGCAGCAGCCUAACAUCACCACGCGCGACCCGCGCUGGGUCGGCGCCUGGUGGCUCGGCAUGUUCAUAAUUUCUGGCAUGCUGGCACUGAACGCCAUCAUCAUGUUCGGGUUCCCGCGGCGCCUGCCACGGCCCGGCCCGUCGGCCGACCGGCCAGCCAGCCCGGUCAGCCCGGCGCACGCCGCGCCCGCCCGCAACCCCAGCCUCAGAGAGUUCCCGAGAGCCGUCAAGCACCUGCUACAGAACGACGUGCUCAUGUUCCGCACGGCCUCCAACGUGCUGCACGUGCUGCCCAUCGCCGGCCUCUACACCUUCCUGCCCAAGUAUUUGGAGACGCAGUUCCGGCUGACGGCCAACGCUGCCAACAUCAUGGCAGGCCUGGGCGGCAUCCUGGUGAUGUUCCUGGGCAUCCUGGGCAGCGGCUUCUACAUCCGGCGGUACCAGCCGUCGGCGCGCUUCAUCACCGGCUGGAUCGCCAUCUCGGCGCUGCUCUACUCGGCCGGCAUGGCAAUCCUGAUGUUCGUGGGAUGCCACCAGGAUGACUUCGUUGGCCUCCAACAGGGGUACGGCGCGGCCAUGGUCAACACUACGUGCUCGUCCCACUGCGCCUGCCCGUCGGACGAGUACGCGCCAGUGUGUGGCGCUGACGGCUUCACCUACCUGUCGCCGUGUCUGGCCGGCUGCACGGAGACGGCGGCCGGGCCUGGCGCCCAGCAAACGUAUCAGAACUGUAGCUGCGUAGACGAGGUCAACACGGGGGCCACCAUUGGCUACUGCCCCCUCGACUGUGAUAACUUCUUCUGGUUCAUCCCGAUCUUUUGUGUGUUCGUGCUGAUUCACUCGACGUCGGAGGUGGGCGCCAUCCUCGUGACGCUGCGCUGCGUCGACCCGCACGAGAAGGCCCUGGCGCUCGGGUUCAUAGCCGUCGCCAUCGGCCUGUUCGGUAACGUGCCGUGUCCCAUCAUUUACGGCGCCGUGGUGGACUCAGCCUGCCUGCUCUGGCAGACCAACUGCGACCAGCAGGGCGCCUGUCGGCUCUACGACACCGAACGGUUCCGUCUGCUGUUUUUCGGCAUCACUUCAGCGGUUAUGUUCGCGGCAUUUUUGGUCGACUGCGUCGUCUGGUACAAGGCCGGCAAAAUCAACGCGUCGUCGCCGGCCGACCUGCACCAGAAGUCGCCGGCCCACACCCGCUCCCCGGGCGAGGUCGCGGGCCAACCCGAGGCCGUGCCCCUCAAGCACGGCCCCUGACGGGGUGUCAGAGACCGUACGCCACGGGUCGCCGAGACCUGCCGACAGCGGGUCCCCGCGCGGAAGUGGUCACCGGCAGGACAGCGUCGCCUGAACGGGGCAGCUGUGUCAGAGACUGCACCCCGGCGCCACGGCAGGGCGGGCGGGGCUGCGCCCGCUGCAUCUGAUGGCGGGCCGGGUACACGGUCCGCCGCGGCUGUGCCGGAGGCUGUACCCGUCGCCGAAGUCGCGUACGUAGCCGUACCGCCCCGCUGCGGUUAGUCCGUCUUACGCGCGGCCGUCUUGACUCACCGAUAGACCAACGUAUGCACCAGACGCGCCGUGAGGCCGUGUGAACCCGUACCUGGCCGUGCGACACGUGAAACUCCGGAGCUGGCGGCGUGCGUAGUUCCGGGAAAGCCGGCGAGCGGCAGUGGCCGCGCGCGGACGGGUUGUCCACGUUGGAGUCCCGGCUCCACCGGGGCGGGGCCCCACCGGUCCCCCGCGGGCCCAGAGGCUGGGUCCGGGAGUGUUCAGAUCAGUGACUCGGGCCAGUCCGGUCUCUGUUCAGACCAGUGACUCGAGCCAGUCCGGUCUCUGUUCGGGCUAGCGACUCGUGCCAGUCUGGUCUGUUCGGGCCAGUGACUCGUGCCAGUCCGGUCUGUUCGGGCCAGCGACUCAGGCCAGUCCGAUCUGUGUCUAGGCUAGUGACUCUGGUCCGUCCGGACUGCGCCCAAGCUAGUGACUCGAGUCAGCCAGGUCCACUUUCCAUGUCUGUGACGUGGCUCAGUCCGGUCCGCGCCCAAGCCAGUGACACGUGUCAGUCCGGUUUGUGCCCCAAACCGUUUGUGGGUUGUGGGCGGCUCGAAGCCGGUCAUGAUGUACGUCCUCAGGGGAGAAACGUCGGGCAGUGGUGCGGAGUGCCUGGUCAUGUUCCCUGGACCGACCUGACCUGACCCGGUAUGAGUGGCUCUGUCCACCGCCUCGACCCCGGCUCAAGGGUCGACAGAGCGAUUUUGAUAUAUCCAUUGCAGCCGGUACGCGCUGCGCGUGCAUUUACCAUCUGUGUCAUUGUAUACUUGAAACGCCGAAAGCGUCAAAUUUCGUGUGCGCGUUGGCUUCCAUGGUUCGGCUCACCAGUGUAUCGUUGUCAUGUGCGCACGCCGUCGCGGUAUUUGUUGUAUUAUCGGUCUCUUUUAUGAUCUGUUUACCUGCUAAGCUGCGACUGUUUAACGUUGUUUAGAUGUUUUAAUUCUUCGUCGUCUACCGUACCCGUCUUGUUCGAUUCGGAAACGUUAUAGGAACUCGGCUACAUUACUUUAAAUGUCUCGCGGCUUCCGAUAGUUUGAGUGGGGUUGAUCGAGAGGUCGUUGCCCCCUCCACCCUUGGUCGAGAGGUCGUUGCCCCCUCCGCCCCGCAACUGUGCCGUCCAACUUUAGCCUAGACCGCGGUCUUACUUCGCAACCUUACCAGUUGCUUUGUCUUUUGUGAGUUUGCAAUAUUGCGAUCGUCCGCUCUAAUAUCCAAUGCCAGAUUUGUUGUAUGUGGUGUCCAAAUACGAAUCAUGUACCCCGUG